CAGGGGCGUCCUUAGUGACAUGUAGUUACCGAAAACUUGUCGGUACGGUAAACGUAAACUAAAAUCAUUUCACGUGUAAGACAUUAGUUUUCCGGACACUUGACGGGUAGGAGCGAUUCGCGGCUUGAUUCUGGAAGUAUUAAAGAAUAAAUAACAAACAAGAUGGACAAAUCAAGCGGGCUAAAGGAAGAUGGAAGCCCAAAUAUUGCUGCAAGAGAGAGGGGACCGGGACCUGGUCGCUAUGGACUUCCUUCCACUUGUGGAUAUAUUAAACACGACUCCACCAAACACAUGAAACCUGCUUACUCCUUUGGCAACCGGCUAGAGAACUCUAUGUUUGGAAAAGACAUCAGUCCAGGCCCAGCACAUUUCAUCACCCCUACCAUCACAAGAGUUGGAAAGGAUGGCACGCCAGCAUAUUCCAUCCUAGGCCGACAGAAGGAUCCAAAUACAUUUGUCACACCCUCACCGUACGCCUACAGUCCAGAGAAGGUGCACCCACAAGGCGAGCGCCACGCUCCAGCCUACUCCAUGGGUGCCCGCACCCGGUUUAGGAAGCGAGACCAAAGCCCCGCCUCCAACAGCUACACCCUGCCAAAGCUCAUCGGGCCCAAGGUGCCCAACAAGAAGUCCUCAGCCAGCUACUCUAUGACGGGCCGGCCCACAGUUGGCAGCUACCUGGAGGACAUGUCUAAGACACCAGGCCCGGGCAGCCACAACGCCGUGCAUCCAGACAUCACCCAGAACAAGAAACCCCUGUACUCCAUGCUAGGUAGGAACAAUAUGCCCGGGGACGGGACACGUAAGCCUGGACCAGGAGCCCACAGCCCAGAGAAGGUGACUGUCAACAAGAAGAAGUACCCAAGCUACUCCCUGGGGAUCAAACACUCGGAAUUCGUCUGUCCGCUCAUCAUCGAUGUCACCGACUAGAUGCAGAGGUCAUCAGAGAGUCUUGCCAGUAGUUUACAUAUCUCUCCAGUCACAGAAGCUUUAUUUAAAAAAGGUUUUUGGCCAGGGGCCAAUUUUCACAGACCUACAUGUAUUGCUGUGGCGUGCAGAAAUUAAAUAUACUGUCAAGCAAAACUAUUUCUCAGGCAAGUGCUGAUAAGAAUCUUGGAAGAAGCAAUGCACAAGUACAUCAUUAUCUUGGCUCAUUUCAGCAAAACUAUGUAUCUUUCAGCACUUAUACCCUGUUAAAUUGGUCCCAAUGAUAAACCUGCCAAUACAUGUAGUUCCCAAUUUAUUGUAUCACAGCUUCAAGAUAAUUGCUGCAAGAUGGCACACUUUUUGGAUACCCGUUUAGUUAGGUAUUAAAAUGAAGAGAGGCAUGUCUCAAAGUGAUUUCAACAGAAGACAGUUUGAUCAAAAUUUGGUCACUUGAUAUGAUAUAAAACAGCAGUGUUGAUGGGUCAAGGUACCCGGUGCAACUUCUCAUUUAAAAUCAAACGCGGCAACUUUCAGUGAUGCCACAAGGUUCUUUCCCCUCGUUUUCUAUUUUCCCUAUAUUUAUUAUAUAUAUGUACCUAUUUUUCCACAGAAUUCAUUUUACCAACUUUCCGUCCUCACAAUGUACAUGUAUCUAUUUUUUUGGCAGUCAAAGCAGGGUUUGAAAGAUAAACAUGUUUUUCAACAGUUUGGUCCUGUGUGAGGUCACACAUUUCCAUAGAGUUGGAGGAAGCAUGUAAAUAUAUGUAAUAUUAUAUUGGCAGCAGAUAAUGGCAGUAUGUGUACAAUGUACAAUAAGUUCACCAUAUAAGAUCUUUGAAAAGUUCAAAGGUCAGUAUUCCAGGCUUCAAAAUGUGUGCUCACAUUCAUGAUUUAAUAUGCAACCAGUGAUGAAGAAAAUACAAUAAUCUAUGCAGCAUUUGAAUAUUGAUCAUUUUUUGUACAGUAAAAACAUUAAAUGUAACCCAGUUGAUAAAAUGAAAUAAAGCAAUACUUGUACAUGUAUGUAUAUACAUGUACACAUGUAUAAAUGUAACAUAA